AUGUCAUUUUCCUGUAAAUUGCAUAUUUCGUUAUUUUUUAUUCAUCCUCCCGUGUUGACUCGGGAUUUGUUUAUAAUUUUUUCUUCAUUUUUUUUUUUUAUUCUUUCAUAUUUCUUCUUUCUUUUCUUCUUUUUAUCUUUCUUUUUUUUCAUUGUUGGAAUGAUUUGCAAAACGUUUUCGUCAUUCUGCCUUUCCGUCUUUUUAGCUAUUAGAUUUAUUUCUAAUUUUUUUCUUUGUCUAUCUUUUCUAUUUUAUUUUGCCUCCUUUUCUUUCAUUCUUUUGUUUAAGCUUUUGAAUAUUUACAAUUUUUUUAUUCCCAUUUCUUUUUCUUUCUUUCUUUCUUUGUUUCUUUCUUUCUUCCCUUCUUUCUUUCUUUCUUUACAUUUGUACCAUUCUUUUUCUCUUUUUCUUUUCACUUUUUCUUUUCUCUUUAACAUUCUUUUUUUCUUUCUUUUUUUACAUUUGCAUCAUUCUUUUUCUCAUUUCUUUUCUCUUUUUCUUUUCUCUUUUACAUUCUUUCUUUCUUUCAUUCUUUCUGUCUUUAUUUCUUUCUUUCUUUCUUUACAUUUGCAUCAAUCUUUUUUCUUUCUUUUUUCUUUUUACUUUUACAUUCUUUCUUUCUUUUUUUCUUUCUUUCUUUCUUUCUUUCUUUCCUUCUUUCUUUCUUUAUAUUUGCACCAUUAUUUUUCUCUUUCUCUUUUACAUUCUUUCUUUCUCUCUUUCUUUCUUUCUUUCUUUCCUUCUUUCUUUCUUUUUGCACCAUUUUUUCUUUUACAUUCUUUCUUUCUUUCUUUCUUGCUUUCUUUCUUUAUUUAA